AUGGACCGCCUAAAGGGGAAAAGAGCCGCACGACGAGCACAAGUUACGAAACUGGUCAAUGAGCUGGCGGAACUUCGAGCCCAAGACAACGUCCACAAGACAACGCUAGAGAGCCUACUCGCCCGACUCAUCUCUAACGAUACAGAGUUACGACAGAUUAACAAAGAUGUUGAACCACUACUCAAACCAGAUGAGCUCCAGGAAGAGUACCCAACCAUCAUCGCCUACGAGGACGAAGCUCAUGGUGCUAUAGCGGAACUUCGAACGAGGAUUGCCGACAUGCAGGUCACCGAGCAACCGACAACCCAGAACCCGUCUGUGCCCACAUCAUCAGGAGCGGAAAGACCACGCGCUGGAGCUAAGCUCCCGAAACUACAGCUGCAGCGCUUUGCUGGCGAGUUAACACGCUGGCAAGCAUUUUGGGAGCACUACAAGACAACCAUACACGAUAACAACACCCUUGCGAAGGCUGAGAAGUUCCAAUACCUGCGUUCAUUACUCCGAGGAUCGGCUGCUUCAGCCAUCAUGGGACUUCAGGCUACGGAGUCAUGUUAUGAUGACGCCAUAGAGAUCCUGAAGGAGCGAUUCGGAGAUCGGAGCCGCAUCGAGAGGGAACAUUUGUCCAAGCUUCGCAAUCUGCCUGCCGUGAGAUCAACCGGCGACGUACACGGACUGAGAAAGUUGUACGACCACGUCCAGAACCACGUACGUGGACUGCGCGCCCUCGGCGUUUCAAGUGAAAGUUACGCCUCAAUGAUGGUGGACAUUCUGUUUACGCCGCUGCCGCAGGAUAUGGUGGUUGAGUAUCAUCGGUUGGCCAGGUAUACGUCGACCGACGAACAAGAAUUGACCAGCGGAUCGGAGUCCGAAGCAGACGAGGGGUUAACAAAGGUACUGAAUUUCCUUCGCAUUGAAAUUGAGAGUCGGGAACGCUCAGGAGUACGAGACCGGAAUCAAAAUCCAAACAAAGGCAAUGGAUCCGACAAAAAAUCGAGCAGCUUUAUUCCAACGGGUGCAGUGCUGCAGAACGGCGUGCAGUUGCAAAACAAGUGCUUCUUCUGCGACGCUUCCGAUCACGCUGCGCCACAGUGCCAAGGCCGCCUCUCUCCGUCCGAAAAGAAGUACAAGUUAGCAAAAAAUAUGCGCUGCUUUAGAUGCACCAAAAGAGGCCAUCGCUCGAAGGACUGUCGUGCAAGGAUUACUUGCGAUCACUGCGGAAAACGGCAUGCUUCGUCCAUGUGCUCCCCUCCUGAGACAGGCGAGAAAAACGAAAGUCAAGUGGAGAGUGCAAAUAUUGUGGCGAUAAAUACUGCCCCAGUAGGGCAGGACUCCAACGUCCUACUGCAAACGUUUCGAGCAUGGUUAACCUCCGGUUCAAAGACCACGUAUCUUCGGGGACUAAUCGACGGAGGUAGCCAGCGUACCUUCGUGCGCGACGAUGUAGCGAAAAGACUCAAGCUCAAGGUGGUGGGGGAAACGUCACUGCAACUCAACACCUUUGCCAACGAUACCACCACUAGAAGACCAGUGGUAAAGGUGAAGAUUGUGCAGCUAGUGCUCCAUAGCCAAUACAACUCCGAAGCGUACAUCAUCGAGGCCCUGACGAUCCCAUUUAUCUGUAAAGACCUCACCGCCACACCGACGGAUAAUGAAUUCAUACGUUCGGUCCGCAGUCACAAAGGGUUCAUUGCAGACGACGUGACGUGCCCAAAUAUUCCCGGCGAAUCUGGAAUCAGCGUUUUGAUUGGGUGCGACCACAUGUGGCGGCUGCUGAGCGGUGAAGUAUGCCGAAGGAAGGACAACGACAAGUUGGUAGCAAUCUCGACAGUUUUUGGAUGGACGUUUCAGGGACCAACGACGCUAUCUGCCCACCUCGGCAUCGACAGCACAACUGCUGUGUGCGUGUUGCGUGUGGGUGUAACCGAGAAACCCCCACCGGACUAUCUGAAACGAUUCUGGGAGUUGGAGAGCGUGGGAAUUGUUGACGAUGAAAAGAACAAUACGCUGAUCAAUUCAUCCUUCGUGGAGGAAUUCGAGGAAAAUAUCACGUUCGCCGAUGGUCGAUACCAAGUUGCUCUGCCAUGGAAAGUAGGGAUGGCCACUUUGCCCGAUAAUCUGGAGGUGGCGAAAUUCAGGAUACAGAGUCUCGUGCGGCGGCUACAGCGAGAUGGCAGCGUGAGGGAGUACGACGACGCCAUAAGGGCCUACGCCAAAAACGACCACGCAGAAAGGGCAACUGUCGACGCGCGGGAUUCGGACUGCACGUGCUACUACAUGCCACAUAGAGCGGUGAUCCGCGACAGUUCCACUUCCACAAGAUUACGGGUCGUCGUCGACGCCUCGUCUCACGGUCACGCAGCCACGUCCUUGAACGACCAUCUUGAAAAGGGUCCAAAACUUAAUUCCGAUCUGAUACCCAUUUUGCUGCGUUUCCGUAUGUACAAGAUUGCGAUUACGGCAGACAUUCAGAAGCAUUCCUGCAAAUCAGCAUCAGACCAUCAGAUAGAGAUGCAUUGCGUUUUCUCUGGUUCUCCAGCCCGCCUUUUCCUGGUGCCCCAUUGCCAGCGCUUGAACAUUGGAGAAUGA